CGGAGGAGGCGCCGGCCGCCGGGAGCGGAGCGCCGGAGCCCUCGCGGGUGGGAGCGCGGUCGGAGCCGCCGAGGUCAAGAGGCAACUACCAUUGAAAGAUAGCGACUGUUUCCUAGACAGCCAACAUCGAGGAGCAGCCAGAAGUGGUGACGGAAAGCUUAUUACCUAAAUGACUUUCCUGGCCUGUUGGACAGGAGGAAGAGCCAGCCUCCAGAGUGCUGGACAGGGCCCCUUGGGACUGGGUUCCAGAACUUUGGCAGAAAGGAGCCCUGAAGGAGAGACGACUGAUAAUGGUCUCCAGCUGCCAAAGAAGGUUGUGGAUGCCAGGAGAAAGGUAACCAUUUCUCAUCCCCCCUAGUGGAACUGGAUGCUUCUAGGAGCCCACACUGGCUGGCAGUAGACAUGGCCGAAGUUACAAGCUACAAAGACACUGCCUCUAGCCGCCAUCUGCGGUUUAAGUUACAGAGUUUAAGCCGCCGCCUUGAUGAGUUGGAGGAAGCCACAAAAAACCUCCAGAAAGCUGAGGAUGAGCUCCUGGAUCUCCAGGACAAGGUGAUACAGGCAGAAGGCAGCAACUCGAGCAUGUUGGCUGAGAUUGAAGUGCUACGCCAGCGAGUGCUGAGAAUCGAAGGCAAAGAUGAGGAAAUUAAGAGGGCGGAAGAUCUGUGUCAGCUGAUGAAGGAGAAACUUGAAGAGGAGGAAAACCUCACCCGGGAGCUGAAAUCUGAGAUUGAGCAGCUUCAGAAACGCAUGGCUGAACUGGAGAAGCUAGAGGAGGCCUUUAGCAGGAGUAAGAAUGACUGUACCCAACUCUGUUUGAGCCUGAAUGAGGAGAGAAACCUGACAAAGAAAAUCUCCUCUGAGCUGGAAACGCUCAGGGUCAAAGUGAAAGAACUGGAAUCUUCCGAGGACCGCCUGGAUAAAACUGAGCAGAGUUUAGUGUCAGAGCUAGAAAAGCUGAAAUCAUUAACUCUGAGCUUUGUAAGUGAGAGAAAAUACUUGAAUGAAAAGGAGAAAGAAAAUGAGAAACUGAUAAAAGAGCUCACUCAAAAACUGGAACAGAACAAAAAAGUGAACCGAGAUUAUACAAGGAAUGCUUCUAAUCUUCUGGAAAGGAGCGACCUACGGAUUGAGGAUGGCAUCUCUCCCACACUGCCGUCCAAAGGAUCGAGGAGGAAGGGCAGCCUGGACUACCUAAAGCAGGUGGAGAAUGAAACAAGGAACAAGUCAGAAAAUGAGAAGAACCGAAAUCAGGAAGACAACAAGGUCAAAGACCUUAACCAAGAGAUUGAGAAACUUAAGACACAAAUUAGACAUUUUGAAUCUUUGGAAGAAGAGCUUAAGAAAAUGAGGGCCAAAAACAGUGACCUUCAGGAUAAUUACCUAAGUGAACAAAAUAAAAACAAACUCUUGGCCAGCCAGCUGGAGGAGAUAAAACUACAGAUCAAGAGACAGAAAGAGUUAGAGAACGGGGAGGUGGAGGGAGAGGGGGCCUUCCUGUCCAGCAGAGGCAGGCACGAGAGGACGAAGUUCAGAGGCCGUGGGAGCGAGGCCCCCAUGUCCAGGCACGCGCCGCGGGAACUGUCCCCUCAUAGUAAGCGGGAAAGGCACGGCAGUAGGGAGUUUACUGUCAAUAGUGAAAACUACCCUCUGAGCAGCAGGCAGGUUUCCUCUCCCAGUUUCACGAACAGGAGGGCAGCCAAAGCUUCCAACACAGGGGCAGGCGCAGACAGCGGGACUCAGGAUACAAAGAGAACUGAAGAUCGCUUUGCAUCUGGCUCCUCUCAGAGUGAAGGGAAGAAGGCCAGGGAGCAGCCAUCUGUGCUUAGCCGCUACCCCCCAGCGGCUCAGGAGCACAAUAAAGUUUGGAAGGGUGCUCCCAAGCCAGGUGCUGAGAGUGGGUUGAAGGGAAAAGUAGAGAAGACGACACGAACAUUUGGUGAUAGCACCCAUGGAUCUGUUCCCAACGACAUACUGGGUAGAGCUGACAAGACUUCUGACACCUCUGCUGAGGCCCUCUUUGGCAAGAGGGGGCAGGUGCCUGGCAGUGGAAGUCAAAUAACUCAGGCCUCGGACUCGGGCAGUUCUAAGGCCGUUGGAGCUCUGGCCUCAUCUCGAAGAUCUUCCUCAGAAGGGCUCUCUAAGGGCAAAAAGACUGCCAGUGGCCCAGAGGCUGAUACCAAUUCCCCAAAUCCCAAGGCUCCCCUUUUAUCAAAGUAUCCUUAUAGCUCCAGGAGCCAAGAGAAUAUCCUUCAGGGCUUUUCAACCCCAAAUAAAGGAGUAGAUCAACCCAUAGCAGUUGUGAUGGAAGACAGCAGUCAGCAUGAGGCCCUGAGGUGUCGAGUCAUCAAAUCCAGUGGCAGAGAGAAGCCAGACUCGGAUGACGACAUGGACGUGGUAUCUCUUGUUACUGCCAAGUUGGUAAACACAACCAUGACUCCGGAGCCAGAGCCCAAACAGCAGCUCAACUCUAGAGAAAAAGCCAAAUCCCGAGGGGGACUCAGAACCUCCCUGUUUGAGAAUGAUAAAGAUGUUGGGACAGAAAAUGAAAAUGAAUCUGUGAAACCAGUCAGAGCCUCCACCAAUGCCAUGGAGUUCCCAGAUGCCAACGGUGCCGGGGUAAAAAGCCAACGGCCCUUCAGCCCCAGAGAGGCCUUGCGGUCUAGAGCCAUCAUUAAACCUGUCAUCAUUGAUAAGGAUGUGAAAAAAAUUAUGGGAGGAUCUGGAACCGAGGCCACACUGGAGAAACAGAAAUCCACCUCCAAACCAGGGCCAAACAAAGUGACAAGCAGCAUUACUAUCUACCCCUCUGACAACAGCAGCCCCAGAGCCAACCCAGGCGAGGGCCUGCGGGAGAGGCACACCUCCACCAGCAACAUCCAGGUUGGGCCACCAGAGCUCACGUCAGUUAGCAACCACGUCAGCUCCCCCUUUGAGCUCUCCAUUCACAAACAUGACAUCACCCUGCAGUUUACAGAAGCUGAAAGAACGGGAGAUGGGCCCCUGAAGAACAGGCCAGAAACAGUGGUCUCUCGGAGCAGCAUUAUCAUCAAGCCAUCAGAUCCUGUGGAGAGGAAUAGCCAUGUACCCCCAGCGGAGACAAUCAGGUGGAAAAGCCAUAGUGCCCCUUCAGAAGUGAGCUCUUCAGAUGCCAGACAUGUUACUGUGCGGAAUGCCUGGAAGAGCAGGCGAGACUUGAACUCUUUAGAAGACCCAUCAGCUCGAAUAGUUAAAAAUGUAGAAUCUACCAAUGCCUACACCCAGAGGUCUUCCACAGACUAUUCAGACCUUGAACAGCCAAGGUCGUACCUUUUUGAGCAGGGCACUAGAAGGGUAGGAAAUGCAGGGGAUGCCCCCGAGCUCUCCUCCAGAAGGACCCAAAGUAGCCUCACCGUGUCAGAGGUGCUCACUCGUCGGAAUCGGGUAGAUGCUGUCACGGCUGCAGCCUGGAACCACUCAGCGGGCAUGGAGGAAGGUGACGACUGUACACUCAGUGUCUACAGGCGACCGCACAACUCUCUGGAACAGUCUGAACUGCCUGCGAAGCAGGGGCUGCCAGAGCCUGGGCGAGUACGGGCCGAGGAACGGUUACGGCCAGCCAGGCCCUGUGCUGAGGAGAACUGAGCCAGCUGGGUGAGCUCUGCUGUCUCCUCUGCUCCUGCUUCUCAGCUCUCCCAGCUUCCCGCCCUGUGAAGGAUCCAAGGCCAGUUAACCAGGCUAGACAGACACCAGGCCUUGGCUGGGAGACUGAGGCAGCGAGCCAGGCUGUGGCUCAGGUCAUUUUUGCCAGUUGGCCAGAGGGGAUCAGAAACUACAAGCUGGACAUAGUCACCCAGGCCCAGCCUUCGCUGAUGCAUGAGUCCUCUCUCCUUGUCUCUGUCCCCCAGGUAGGAUGGGUCAUUCUGGCCCCCAAAUGGGGAAAGAUAUAGAAACCCCUUGCGUCCCUACCACACAACGGCAGCCAAAAGCUCUUCUCUGCUUCUUGGUGGAUUGUUUCUGUGUCAUAGGGCAGCCCCUUCUGUGUGGUUAAUGUUCUGAUUUCUUAGUCUCCUCACCGCAUCCAGUUCAUUCCUCGUUGGCCCUAGGGGUCUAAGUACCCACUAAGACUUACCAGCCUUCAGCUCCAUCUAGGGGCUUCCAUUCUUUUGCUCUGUGGAGUUCCUCAGACUUUUAUGGCAGAAGAGGUCUAUGUUGCCUCUAAGCCAUUAUGGGACUACCCUUUAGGUUGAAGCUUCUCUGACCUGGCCCCCUGCUGACCACUGUUUCCUGGGGGCAGAGCACACGGGUACCCACCUAUUGGAAUGACAUCAUCCCUCCCCCAACCCCGUCUCUCUGCUCACCUUCCAAAGGCACCUGGAAGUGCGCAAGCCUCACGCAUCUCCUUCCCUGGGCACCAAUAAUGCUGCUGGCAUUGCUUGCUCCUCUCCUGUGGCUGGAGACUUGAAGCUGACUUCGUCGUUUCCACCUUUGGACUAUUCCCAGACUAAACUGGGCCUGACCCAGCAUACUCUGCCUUCUAGGAAGCGCCCAGCAAGGGGGAAAGUGGACAGGAGGAAGCGAUUUCCCUUUAGUCACUCCACAAAGCAAUAGCUCCAUGAAAGGCAUGGACUCUGUUCCUCCUCCUUCAUCCCCCACGGAGGAGGUAUCGCACUUUACCAAGCUGAUGCAUUCCUACAGAAGUGGGCCCCUGAUUCCUGCAAACCAACUAUCAUUAUGAUGACUUCAUUGGAGGAAAAGGUAAUACAUGCCCAUUUAAGGGCCCCAGGUUUAUACAGCUCAAAAUGCAGCAAACCUUUUAGGAAGCCACAUGAAUAAAAAUUGAUUAGUUUCUUUAUAACAUUUACAUGGGAAGUUAAAAAGAACCAUAUAUUCUUGGCACUGCUUUGUCUGUAGCAUUCUCUCAAAGAAGGGAUCUCUUUCAGAUGCUACCUUUAUGAAGCAGACACUCUUCCUUUAUAGUGAAAGAGAGCAUUAGACUAGGAGUCAGGAAAGCUAAAUUUUCCUCAUGGCUUCGUACUUCCUUGCUGUGUGACCUUGGGCAAGUCACUGUCCUCUCAGGGCCUCAGUUUUCCUAUCUGUAAAAUGAGUUCUUUGAAAUGGGUGGUCUCUUAGGGUCUUAAAUCUGGCAUUCUACGAUUCUUUUGUUUCCACCAUCCUGUGGGGGUGUCUUGCUUUUGGAAGGUAUCAUCUAAAUGGGUUUGGGGAAUAAUGUGUCCUCCUCCCUGCCUUUGAUUGUUUUUCUAGGCCUUAUUCUUUCCAGUUUCCCCAUGUUUUAAUGUCAUGAGGAUGACCUCAGAGCAGCUUCCUCAGCCUCAUUUUUCCAGUCUGUAAAAUGAAGGGUUAGAUGAGAUGGUCUCUACGGCUCCUUCUGGCACCAGCCUUGCCCAAUGCCACACAGUAUCUCCUGGCUUUCAGGCCAGGUGCUUUCCAUGACACAAGCUGGUGUAUCUCCUGUUCCUGUGCUUCUUGAGUUGUCUUCUCUGCCUCCACUCAGUGUGGGAACCAGCGUUCAUCUAGUCCUUGUCUACAUCAGACCUGGCAAUCCUGGAGGAGGCUUGGGGAGCACCUACCUUACUUUUAGGGACAGGAAUGUUUUGCUCAUACUUCCAUUUUCUGGAGUUUUGCCUGUCUAAGGGCAUUGUCACGUGGCUUGCCUUUCCUCCACAUUGCUGCCUCAGAUCCUCAACCUACGAUGCUGUUUUCAGAAUCUCUUCCUGCUGCUUCUCCUGGGUCACUGGCCAGAAACUAGCUUGCUCAAGGCUGCAGCCUCUCACUUGUAGCCUCCCUGUCAUUGUCCUUCACUGGCUGGCAACCCUGAGAGUCCAAAGGAAACUGACCUCUGUGGUGGUCAACUAAGGGGCUAGGAAACUAAGUCUGUGGCUCUUCUCUGCUGGUGGGAACAGAAGGGCGCCAAGCCACGCCUACAAAGAUCUCGCCAAUAAUUCUCGUCCUUGGGCGUUGGAGCCCUGGAUUCUGGUGCUGUAGCUCCUGGUGCCAAAGUCUGGAUCUUUCCACAUUUCAGCAGCACCAACAUCUGCCGCUACCCAAAAUGCUCUGUGGAAGAGGGACAGCUGUGGUACCCUCUUGCUGGGGCUGCUAUCUUAAAAUCUGAGUGCAAUAGGGUUUGAUUGUAACAGUUUCAGGAUAAAUAUUUUAUUGUUUCCUUAAUCUGCACACUUUCUAGAACCGCUGUAAAAUAGAUUUUAUUUUUAAAUGUCCUCAGCAUUGCAGAAAAUACUAUUUGUAAUAGCAAGAGAAGGCUGGAGGCUCAGUUCCUCUGGGCUUCAAGUGGCUGGCUCUCAAAUUCCAAAGUUGGAAGGCACGUUUCUAAAAAGCAAUCUAGGGGUGACCGUCUGGACCCAGGCCUCACCAUCAGGGGUCCU